AUGAGCGAAUCUGAAGCAAAAUCAGGGCCGACCACGCUAUCAAGUAAAGCUAAACAAGCUGCAACAGCAGCAACAGGAGCAGCAGCGAAUGGAGAAAAGAAACUAACAAACAAAGAGUUAAAAGAACUGAAAAAGCAGGAAAAGGCUGCAAAGAGAGCCGCCAUGAAGCAGGCAAAUGGUAUGUCCAUUGAACAGCAACAACAACAAGCGCAAAUGAAAAAAGAAAAAAAGCAGUCACAACGUGAACAGCAACAGAAGAGAGAACAAAAGCUAAAGAAUGCUAGUAAAAAGAAACAAAAUGAACGAAGCGUAAAGAAAAGUACGCUUUUUGGUCACUUAGAAACCACUGAAGAAAGAAGAGCAACAAUUUUGGCGUUAACAAGUGCAGUGUCAUCUCCAAAAACUUCAAGAAUUACUGCUGCUGGGUUGAUGAUUCCCGUAGUGGCCAGCGCAUUAUCAGGAUCAAAUGUGUUGACCGCCUCCUCCUUAACGCCCAUGGGCUCAAGCACGGCGUCCGCACCAGCAGCCGCAGUUCCCGCAUCGGCUACAGCGCCUACUAUCGCUCCUUCGACAGUACUCUCUGCUGCUUCUACUUCCACGUCAACAAACACUUCUACUGCUAUACAACAAGAGAUUUCCUCGUCAAGCGCAUCCGAUGUUGCCAAGACAUUGGCAUCUAUUUCACUAGAAGCAGGUGAGUUUAGUGUCAUCCCCGGUAUAUCUUCAGUGAUUCCUACAGUAUUAGAACAGUCCUUUGAUAGUUCGAGCUUGGUAUCAUCUGUUAAGGAAUUGUUACUGAACAAAGAUCUCAUUCAUCCAUCGAUUUUGUUAUUGACUUCCCAUUUAGCACACUAUAAAAUAGUCGGAUCCAUUCCACGUUGCAUAGCCAUGCUAGAAGUUUUCCAAAUUGUCAUCAAAGACUACCAAACACCCAAAGGAACUACCUUGUCACGUAAUUUAACGAGUUACCUAUCGCACCAAAUUGAUCUUUUGAAAAAAGCCAGACCAUUAAGUGUCACCAUGGGAAAUGCUAUUAGAUGGUUAAAGCAAGAAAUUUCAUUGAUCGAUCCAUCAACACCUGAUAAGGCGGCCAAGAAAGAUCUUUGCGAAAAAAUUGGACAGUUCGCUAAAGAAAAAAUCGAACUGGCUGAUCAACUUAUUAUAGACAAUGCCUCGACUCAAAUUGAAAAUUCUACCACCAUCGUCACUUAUGGUUCAUCAAAAGUUUUAGCUGAAUUGUUACUUCAUAAUGCAAUUAGUUUAAGAAAGGACAUUAAAGUCAUUGUCGUUGAUUCGAGACCAUUAUUCGAGGGUCGGAAAAUGGCAGAAACUUUAAGAAAUGCAGGUGUCAACGUCAUGUAUGCUCUUAUUACGAGUUUGGAUACAAUUUUCAAUAUGGAUGUUGACUAUGUGUUUUUGGGAGCACAUUCUAUUCUAUCCAAUGGGUUUCUAUACUCAAGAGCAGGUACAGCAAUGUUGGCCAUGACCGCCAAGAGAAGAAAUAUACCUGUAUUGGUGUGCUGUGAGAGUUUGAAAUUUUCGCAAAGAGUGCAAUUGGAUAGUGUUACGUUUAAUGAGCUGGCAGAUCCAAAUGACCUGGUCAAUAUAGACUACGAAAAUCCAGUUGAAAGGCGUGGCAAUAAAGGUGCGCUAUUAAAGCAAUUUAUUAAGGAAAGAAGAUCUGAAAAGAAAAAGCUAGAUUUGGAAAAUAAACCAAAGGGUAAUAAAACUGGUAGCAAGAACGGAUCUGUGGAAGAGAAUAAAGACACCAGUAACGAAGGAGAUAGUAACGAUAAGAACAUCUUGGAUGGAUGGCAAGAAUUACCCUCAUUGAAUAUUGUCAAUGUCCUGUACGAUUUAACGCCACCCGAAUACAUUAAGAAAGUCAUUACUGAAUUCGGCGCUUUGCCACCUUCAUCUGUCCCUGUCAUUCUGAGAGAAUACAAAGGUUCCGCAUAA